AAAAGAAUGUGGCCAGUAAGUCCCAGAGAGCUGCAGGAAUGUGAAACAUCCUCAGAAGGAGAGUUUAGAUGCGGACUGGGAGUCAGAUCAUUUUGCUUCCUCUUCUUCUGACCUUUACACUGUGGUCAUCCCAGAGGUACAGAACCAGAUGUCGGUGGAUCCCAGUUGCCCUCCAAAGUCAUUUGUCCAAUGUAUGCUUUGGAGUGAUAUUGAUGCUUGGACAUCGGUAUCAAUGCACCAUUGUGAAAGCGUGUCCUCUCCACUCACAGUGGAAAAGUCCAGAGAGGAAGACGAGGAAGGAAAGUCCUUUUUAAAGCAGUUUUUGGACAUGGAUGUUUUUGUCGCCAAGGUUACAAGAGUUGAGAGUUUGAGAGAGUUGAUUAUCCGGAGACUAACUGCUGCUCCUGAAGAAAUACUUGCACUCUUUGAAAAAGCUGUCGUCCAGUACAAGAAAGAGAUUGAUCAUCGCUGCAGACUUCUGGAUAUUAUCUGGAAACCCGAAAUAAAGUUACACAGAACAGACCUUCCACAGCAGCAUGUCUGCACAAAGGAAGAAUUUCUCACUCAGCAACAGCUCUGUAACAAGGGGAGUAAAUCCAGUGUGGACCAGGAGGAGCUUCCACAGAUUAAAGAGGAAGAGGAGAAACCAGAACCUCCACAGAUUAAAGAGGAACAGGAGGAACCAGAAACUCCACAGAUUAAAGAGGAGCAAACGGUACCAGAACCUCCACAGAUUAAAGAGGAACAGGAGGAGCUCUGCAUCAGUCAGCAGGGGGACUAUCUUGUUCUUGUUCUGGAGACUGAUUAUUGUAUGGAGACUCUUACUAAAGAGGAAUGUGAGCGCAAUCAAUCAGAACCAAAAAGUGACCAGCUCCUCUCUUACAACUCUCCUGUAGCUAAGAGCCCAGAUCAGGAAGGAAACAAGCAAGUAGACUCAGGAUCAAGUGGAAAUGCAAAGCCGAGUCCAAAGAAUAGACCUCAAAAAGGCACAAGUCCCAACAACAAUAUAGACAACUGUCCCAUGUCAGGGAAUCAGUGUGAUACUGAUACAGGUAGAAAGUCUUUAACAUGUGACGUCUCUGGAAAAGAUUUUGGGUCAAAGUACAAUGUGAAGACACAUUAUAGACUUCACACAGGGGAGAAACCUUAUACUUGCACAACAUGCGGAAAUAGUUUCAAUGUCAGGUAUAAUUUCAAUGAACAUAUGAAGACUCACACAGGCGAGAAGCCGCAUCCUUGUGAAAUUUGUGGUAAAAGUUUCGAUCGACGCUCUUAUUUAACUGGGCACAUGAGGACUCACACAGGUAAGAAGCCAUUCCCUUGCAAAAUGUGUGAUAAAACCUUCAGAACAAGAUCUGAUGUAACUGUCCACAUGAGAAUUCACACAGGUGAGAAGCCAUAUUCCUGUGAAACGUGUGGUAAAACCUUCACACAAAGAGGUCAAUUAAUUGCUCACACGAGGUUUCAUGCAGGUGAGAAGCCGUAUCCUUGUGGAAUAUGUGGUAAAACCGUCAGUCAAAAAGUUCAAUUAAUUCGUCACAUGAGGAUUCACACAGGGGAAAAGCCGUAUUCUUGUGAAACAUGUGGUAAAACCUUCAAAUCAAGACCUGAGUUAAAGGUCCACAUGAGGGCUCACUCAGAUGAAAGGCCAUAUUCUUGUGAAACAUGUGGUAAAACUUUCAAAUCAAGAUGUGAGUUAAAGAUCCACAUGAGGGCUCACUCAGAUGAGAGGCCAUAUUCUUGUGAUACGUGUGGUAAAACCUUUAAGCAAACCUCACAUUUAGCGGAACACAUGAAGAUUCACACAGGUAAGAAGCCAUAUUCUUGUGAAACGUGUGGGAAAGCCUUCAAAACAAGAUCUCAGUUAACUGGUCACACGAGGAUUCAUACGGGUGAGAAGCCACAUUCUUGUGAAACGUGUGGGAAAGCCUUUAGUAAAAGAUGUACAUUAAAGCUCCACAUGAGGACUCACAGAGUUGAGGGGUCAUCUUCCUGAAAAAAAAAAAACAAAAUUCAGUUUUAAAAAUACGUUGGAAUUUGCUCAGUUUGAUUAUUGUGGCAGACAUCUGAUCUUAAUAUUCUUUCAGAUGAGGUUAAAUCAGAUCAAAGGAUAGCCUCGCCCUCUGCCUAUCUAAAGGAUAGAGUUGGAUACUGAACUUUGAUAAGUUUGUAGACUGAAAUGCUCUGAUCCUACCAAACAUUGAAAAUUAAUAAUCUCUCCGUGCCAAAUUCCAAUACCAAAGUAAGUAAAUUUUAGCAUCUCCAAGUCGAUAGUCAUUUGGCAUAUGUGUGCCAAGAUCUAAAGUUACUGGUGAUUGGCCUUUAAAUGUUGUAUUGACAUCAAAGAUUGCAGCUAAAGAUGUUUAUGUUCAUUUUGAUUUGUGAUUUGAAUGACCAGUAAAAUGGAAAAUAAAAGUUUUUGUGCUAUAAUGCCAAUGUAUCUUUGCUGUUUUUCAAAUAGCCAGGGUCACCACAAACAGAAAUCAAGACAGAUUUUGACCAAACAUAUAAAAGAAGGGCUUUUUUUUUUUACCAUUUGAUAAUGAGAAACACAAGAAAAAUCCGUCCGUAGCUCGCUUCAUUGUGACCCACGGCUAACUUCACCGUGUCACUACGAGCCGGUUGUUGCCGUUGCAGUGAACCGAAUCUCUACGUGAACCGCGCGUAUGCACGUCAGACCAUGCGUGCGCACAAUUGAUGAAAGACAUGUCCUUUGAAAUGUUAACACACACCCAUUUAACUAAAUACAUACUUUAUUAAAACUCCGAAAAAAGGCUUUAAUCGAUAACGAUAAUCGAAUUAACUAAUAUAUGGACCAAAGUAAAUGCCGUGUCAUCGUCAUAAUUUAUUAUCACAAUUAAAAUCGUCAAUCAUAGCAAUUCAGUUAUAGUUAAUUAAUCUUUCAAUGGAGUAGACCAUAUGAAAAUGUUCAUAUUGAAAUGUAACAUUCUCUUAAAUAGUUAUAUAGGCCCAUAAUUGAUAGGUGAUUGAUAGGUGAGGAGUUUUGUAGUGCCAUGACUGCUCAUCUGUAGUUGAUUUCAUUGAUUAAUUGGCAUGGAAGAUAUAUAAAGGAGUCCAAUUUACCUCCAACGAAGUGGAGAGAUGGCAGAUCUAGCCGUGCUGGAAGAUAUCGCUGCCCGUGCAUUCAGGAGAGAUCGCAUGUCCAGGGACCGUCAAAACACGUUUGACGAAACUGAGUUGUACAAUUCCCUGGAGGUUGAAGUCUUGUCCUGCUACAACACCAUUCAUGCCCAAAGAGUGCGAAUAUCUCCUCAGCAGCAGUAGUUAGUCCCUGGAUGGUCAACUCUCUCAAGCGCUCAGCUGAAGACAUGUUUAUGCAACAGCUCAAAGAUUUAUCCUGCAACCGCUCAAGCUUUGUCUAAGACGCGGAGACACGACACCACCGGCUUCCAGUAAUACGGUCGAGCGCGUCGUGGUUCGCAGUUUGCGAGUCAAGCCGUAAUUACGGUAUAGGUACUGGGACAGUUCAAAAUGCAAGGGAAAAAAAGAAGGGAAAGCAAACCCUUCAGAUUUAAGAAAUCCUUUUUCUGAGCAAGUAAAAUUCGACCUCGGCUGGCUUGACUCGUAAAUUGCGAACCACGACUCACUUGACCGCAGUGGAUUUUUCUUGCACGUCUAACUCUGUAAUUAAAGUCUAGAUGCCCGGGUCAGGCAAAAGGCAAAUAAAUAAAUAAAGCAGCAUAAGUGUCAGAUUUUGAAAAUCCGUUCCCGGAUCCGUUGCCACAAUUAAUGAUGUCACAGUAUAUAAAUAUAUGUUGUGAUUUUGAAAGAGGGAAAAAUCCCGCCACCUAAAGGCAUCCUGACAAUUCAGUUUCUUAUUUUGAGUCAUAAGAGCCUUUCCUUCAUAGGUUUACUCACAUAUUGUAUUGAUUCUUAUUCACAGUGACCCUGAUUACUACUGUACAUCAUUGCAAGACAUGUAAAAUUUCGAAGAAAAUCAAUGACAAAUUCCCCCCAUCUAAAGGCGUCCUCCCAAUUCAAUUUCUUAUAUUCAUAGUCUCAAAAGCCUUUUCUUUAUAGGUUUGCUCAAAAGCUGACUUUGAUUCUUUUUCACAGUAAGCUCGAAUAUUAUUGUAUAAUAUUUCAAGUCAUUUUACUGUAACAUUUUAAAGAAAGUCACUCAACCUAAAAGUGUCCUGACAGUUCAACUCCUCAUAUUCAAAUAGUCAUAAAAUAUUGUCCUUCGUAGGUUUGCUCAAGUAUUGAUUCUUGACUCUUGUUCACAGCGACCCCGACUGCUACUGAACAACAUUUCAAGUCAUUUUACUUU